AUGAAUUCUCUGAUCAAAUUCUCCAAUACAAUCCUACUGUACUUCCUUGCCCUUCUUGUCAUUACUAAAGCACAGGACCCCAAUUACCUCCAUCAUGUUUGCGCUGACACAACCACUUCCACGACUACCUACAAGGACAAUUUAAAUCUUCUUCUCUCAUCACUUGCCUCUAAUUCCACCCACAACAAUAUUGGAUUCUUCACCAGCUCUGCAGGCCAGGACCCUGAUACUGUCUACGGCCUCUUUUUCUGUCGCGGUGAUCUUAGCACUGAGGUCUGCCAGAAUUGCGUCGCCUAUGCCACCAAGGAUAUAGUCCAACGUUGUCCAACCAGAAAGGGGGCUCUCAUAUGGUAUGAUCCGUGUUUCCUGCGUUACUCGAACAAGACAAUCUCUGCACUGGAGGAGGACCCUAAUUAUUUGUUAAUGAAUACUCAAAAUCAAACAAUUGAUGUAGACUUCAAUAAGUUCUUGGUGAAUACUAUAAGCACUGCAGCUUCUCAGGCUGUAGAUGCGCCAGCAGGUGCAAAGAGGUUUGGAGCCACGAAAGCGAAUUAUACAUGGCAAGACACUUUGUACGUUCUUGUGCAGUGCACACCAGAUCUAUCUAGCUCUGAUUGUAAUCAAUGUCUUGCGGCAGCUAAUUCGAGUUUGCAAGUUUGUUGUAACGUAAAGCGAGGAGGAAGAAUCUUGUUACCGUGCUGUAAUGUUGGGUUUGAAAUGUAUCCAAAUUACAAUGAAACUUAUGUCGAGGCUGCCUCAGCACCAACACCUGUAGGUCCUGUACCAAAAGGUAAAAAUUCAUUUUCUUCUUUCUCACGGCUUGAUCUUCGACUCCCACCAAAAAUCAUCAUAGAUUAUUAUCUACCUCUGUACCUUCCUCAUAGAAAGAGGAAAAAGAAACAGAACCUGGAUUAUAAUCGGCGCAACUCUAUCGGCAGUUGUAGGAGUACUACUGAUCGGUUCUUGCGCUUACUCCUCGUGGAGAAGGAAGAGAGGUGUACAAAAAUUCUUGCUGCUACAAAAUUAAUUGAUUACAUCCUCUUGGGCCUGGUUAUCAUCAUUCUUGUUGUUAUUCUGACUUCUAUUAUCUCAUAA